CCUUUCAUAUCAUACACCCGACACGAUGGCCACGAAAACAGCAACCGUUGAAGAGCUAGUUGCCCAAGCCAGCGAAGUAUUUGAGAAGCAAUUUAAAUGUAAACCUACUCUAGCAUCCUGUGGGCCCGGUAGAGUAAAUCUGAUCGGAGAACACACGGACUACAACGAUGGAUUUGUUUUCCCAAUGGCUUUACCCCAAACUACAGUUAUGGUUGGUAAACCAACGGAAUCAGGGAUUUGCCGUGUAUUGACGUGUGCUAAGAAUGUGGAGGAUCCUAAGUACGUGGAGUUCAGCAUUCCUACCCCAGACAACCCACUGACUGCCAGCAAACCGGCAUGGGCAAACUACGUCAAAGGGGUGGUGGCCAACUUUAUUGGCAGUCUCAAGUCAUUCGAUGCUGUUAUCAUCUCAUCAGUGCCAGUGGGUGGGGGAGUGUCGAGCUCUGCAGCACUUGAGGUCGCCACGUACACUUUCUUAGAUCAACUGAAUCCCAAUGGCCCUGUAUCUCUCACCAAGAAAGCACUGGCCUGUCAGAAAGCUGAACAUGACUUCGCCAACAUGCCAUGUGGAAUCAUGGACCAGUUCAUUUCAUUGAUGGGCAAGAAAGGUCACGCCCUACUCAUUGACUGCAGGUCUUUAGAAUCCCGUCUCGUCCCGCUGAAGGAUCCAAAUGUGGUUGUCAUGGUAACCAACUCCAAUGUGCGUCACACGUUGACAGGAAGUGAGUACCCAUCUAGGAGGAAGCACUGUGAGAAAGCUGCAGAGAUACUGGGCAAGAAAAGUCUUAGAGAGGCGACCAUGGCAGAUGUGGAAGCGUUUAAGGAUGAGUUUGAUGAAGAAAUGCUGCGGCGUAUUCGUCAUGUGAUAACAGAAAUUCAGAGAACAGAGCAGGCAGCAAAUGCCUUGGAGGCUGGAGACUACAACAAGUUCGGGAAACUCAUGGUGGAAAGUCACAACUCAUUGCGUGAUGACUAUGAGGUGAGCUGCUCUGAGUUAGAUGAGCUAGUUGUGGCUGCCAUGGAGGUGGAGGGUGUCUAUGGUUCCCGUAUGACAGGGGGAGGGUUUGGGGGCUGUACUGUCACCCUUCUGAAGAAAUCAGCUGUUGAUAAGGCCAUCAAACAUAUACAGAAUCGUUACAGUGGAAAGGAGACAUUUUACAUCUGCCCCCCAAGUGAUGGUGCUAGGAUCAUAGCUUUGUGAAGUGAUUCCUGAUAGGUGGAACAAUGUCAGACAUAUUUUCAAUAAUUUUUAGCUAUUGGUCAUUCUGAAAAAACCUGAAUCCAAGUAAGUUGCAGAUAAGAUAUUGAUCGACCAUGUUUAUAGUCAUUGAUGAUGUAGCCAGAGUUCUGGAUGUGCCAGGUCCCGUGAAAACUUAACUACCCCGGUAGGUUAAAGGGAACACAUAAAUGUGUCGUUGAAUACAUACAUUUACCGGCCUUAGAGCAGAUUUGAAAACCAUUACAGAUAUUAGGUAUUGCUAAGAUUUGAAACCUGGCUGAAAAGAUCUGUUAUUGGUAUUAUGCACCAACAAUUUGAGAAUAUUUUGUCAGAAAAAAGUGUAUUUUAUGAAUUUUCUUUACCAUGAUUUAGGAGAAAUGUGAUCAUAUGAGAUUCAGGCAUAACAGGCAGGUUUGACAUUGUGGAUAUUCUCACAAUAGUACAUAAUAAUUAAUUUCACUGAAGUCUUGAUGUGCGUAUACAUAGGUGUAUGAACUCGUAAAAUCUCCUCUCGCUAGGCAUGAUACAGUUUCUAGACAUGUAUAAUGUAGCUGUAGAACAUAAUACCCCAUAUCCAUGAUAAUAACAGAGGGCCAGCAAUGUCUGCUAGUAUCUCAUUGUGUAUUUAUUCUGUUAACUGAAUAAGUUGUGGGUUUGCUGAGGUUUGUAGACAUUCCAUCCAGGAAGUGGAUUUCAUUGUAUGUUAUCAUGUUACAAUUCACAUGUACCUGGAACUUAACUGCAUGCUUUCACAAUAGUUUGUAGACCGAUUUGUGUCUUGAGCACUCAUGAGUGGGGUUUGGCAUGUUUUUAUUUAUUUUACAUUCUAAUUUUGUUGCAUCAAGAGUGCGUAGCUAUAUUAAUUUAUAUUUCUGCGUUGGUUGUUAUAGGAUGGACUUUUUUAAUAUUUGGAUUUGGUAUUUUAAAUUAUUGUAGAAAUGUUACAUACUCAGACACAUAUACAAGUUUAUUGAACUACAUGUAUAACCAUUGAGUCCAGUGCUUAUGAAUCUCAAGCAAAUGUGUGACACUUACUGUAUUUUAAAAUUGUCACACUCUGUCUUCCAUGUUUUUGUUAAUUAUGAAGUUACUUUAUGGCCAAUGCUUACUGAACCUCUAGCUCCUUCAGAAUUUUUGGUCCUUUUCCUGAAUUUACCAGUACUUGUACAUACAUUUCCCAGUAAGAGCCGUUCAUACAUGUGUCUUGUUGGGAUGAUCAUCGCACGUUCAUACAUGUGUCUUGUUGGGAUGAUCAUCGCAUGUUCAUACAUGUGUCUUGUUGGGAUGAUCAUCGCAUGUUCAUACAUGUGUCUUGUUGGGAUGAUCAUCGCACUUUCAUA